CUAGGAUGCUGUCAGGUUUCCCAUAUUCAGUACACUUUCUUUCUUCCGUUUCAACACAUGCGUAGCCCGAAUGGCACACCUCUUGUACGCAUUCGCUUGAUCGUACUUAUCGUUCUCGCGAGUUCUAUCACAUUCUAUAUCGGCCAAUUGUCCUCCACUCCUUUAUCCAAACACUCUUUGCCUGAGCCCGAAUGCUUCGUUCCUUCAGAGCGAACUGCGCAUACACACAUGCACGCCAUUCAACCCAUUCAUGUGCCCGUAACCGUUACAAAACUGCAGACCUUGACGACCACCAUCCACUCUCCGCAAGUCACUGUAACAGCCGUGCCGGAAACGGUUGCACCUGUAGAAGAGGACUACGUUUUGGUUAAUGGGGCUCCCACUGCAUCGUUCAAAGAUAACUUGCGUGCCGACGUCAAAUACAUAUUGUCGUUCCCUGGAAGUGGAUUCACUAACGAUGUGAUGCUAUAUAUGAAUCUAAUCUAUCUGUCUAUACUAACGGAGCGCGUCCCGGUCAUCCCUUACUUCGUCCCGACCCAUGUCGGUCAGUCCGAAACGGGUCCUGUUAUUGCUUUCGGGGAUGUGUUCGAUGUGGCGAGAUUGGAGAAGGCCAUUAGGAAACCGAUUCUCGAGUGGGGAGAUAUCAAAGAUCUUGGGAGUACAAAGAUCGACACCUUGGGCUGCUGGAAUGUCUGGGAAGCUGUCUCGCCGGCAAACAAGGGACCACAUUGGACCCUAGCCCCGGAAAGAAUGAAGCUCGACAUCUCGUAUACAACGGCACCCGAAUCGAUCAAGCUGUACCCUGGCAAUCCCCAGAGUACAGAUAUGCGAUUCGCUUCUCUCAUGUCGCUCGGGUUUCCCGAACAACGCAAUGAACAUCUGACCACGCCGGUCAGGUCACCUCUGUUGCAUGCCUCACUCCCGCCGGAUGAGCAGCUGUUAUGUUUUGAUAAUCUUUAUUGGGCAACCAAUCUCGAGCCUCACGAAAUGGAACACGAUUACAGCACUGCUUGGAGAUUCGUCGGGCGGCAUCUUCACUGGAACCCUCGCAUUGAAGCCCUCGCAGCCCGAUAUGUCAGGCGGACAUUAGGUCUUGCGCGUGCAAGGCCGAUUCCUCCGUACAUCUCGGUUCAUGCGAGACGGGGGGACUUUGUCAAUUGGUGCGAGGUGCCCGAUCGGGAGGACUGCUUCGCGCCGGUCUCUGUAAUUGCCCGUCGCGUUGCCGAGAUUCGGCAACGGCUUUGGCGGACGAAGGGGAUCGAGGUACAACACGUGAUCAUGACCAGCGACGAGACCGACGAAUCCUGGUGGCGCCAGGUACAGGCUCAAGGCUGGGACCGUGUCGAUCACUCGUGGACCAGUGAAAUACAUGGAGCUUGGUUCCCCGUAUUCAUUGAUGCAGCUAUCCAGUCUGCGAGCACAGGUUUUGUUGGCACAGAUCGUUCGACCGUCUCUUUGCUUUCUGCUCAUCGGGUUAGAGAGUGGCAAGGCGGCCCCACUCAAAUGUUUCGCUGGGGAAAGCCCGGGGCGGACGACCACGAAGAUAUCUGAUUAUGUAUGCUUUGUUAUCUUGUAACUCCUUACUUGACCAUCUGAUCUCAAUCAAUCAAUCCUGGCUUCCGCUCUCCAAGCAUCUUCGAAUCAAGGAAAAGGAGCGCUCUCUGGCGGCGACUGCAAUUACGUGGCGAAUAAAAUCCCAAUUCCACCGGAUAUCAGUGCUCAAGAUCACCUGGACACUGUCGACAUUCAAAUACUCACUGCCCGCCGAUCCCUCUGAUCCGGGUCCGACUCUUCAUUGGGCACCGCGCGCGCGGCCCGGGACUCGGUCAUUCCUGUCUUCAACAUGUCCCCAACUGCCUUCCGCCUCGUCGUUACCGCACUCGUUGCCAACCCGAGCGGCGGAAGUAAACCUGACGUCCUAAAUUACGUUUAGAGUAACAACCAAGAAUUCGAUCUGGAAUCGAGGGUAGUUGCUUAAAAUCAAACCCAAUCGCAGCCAGUGCCGGAUAUGACCACAGUUUCUCGCCGUUGACAAUAGCGUGAACCUAUUUCUCCCUCCCAUUUCCUCCUCAUUUCCUCCUCUGUCUCCUCCCCCCCCACAUUCUUUUGAAAUCUUCGGCGAUGACGACUCUCAACAUGGUGCAGGACAGGAUGUUGGGAGCUUUGCUCAUCGGCACCUAUGUCAAUUCAUUCCUCUAUAUUCUCGCGUUCGUUGAGACGGUCAAGUAUUUCCGAUAUUUCAAGCAAGACGGAUUGUUUGUCAGAGUGUGUGUUCUGCUGGCUCUAGCGGCCGACACGCUAGCAACUGCUGCGACCGAUGGGAUGGUAUACCUUAACUUGGUAACGCAUUGGGGCGACGAGACUUUCCUAUCCAACCGCCUGUUGAUUGUUCCGGUGUUCGUGAUUCUUACCACUGUCUCGGGCACGGUCUCGCGAGCUCACCUCGGUGUCCGCUACUUGCGACUCACUAAGAAUCGCUUUCCAUUCCUUUUGAUUGUACUUUCGACUAUUGCCUCGAUCGUCGGAACAGUGCUUCUUGCACACGCUCUCAUAGCACAACGUAUCACUGAAUCUUUAUUCGUGUUCAGCGACCAUCAUUUCCAAACUCUUUUUUGGUUGGCCGUUUCCCUUGCCGCGGAUGUCUUGGUCGCUCUCGCAUCUCUCGUCUCUCGCCAUUUUUCGCGAAACAUGGGAUUCCCACGUUUUUGUUCCCUGUUGCUCCGAUCUGGCGUCGCUGGCGUAGCAUUUUCACUUGCCGCGUUAAUUCUAUUCGUGGUUGACAAAGACCAUAGAAAUUUAUCGUUUGCCGUCACAAUCUCGCUUGGACGAGUGUACUCUCAUGCCAUGCUUCGAAACUUGAAUGCGCGAGAUCCCAAUGUCGAGAAUCGACCCAAGAGUCUUCCUCACGUCAUCGAAAUCGCCAGUUAUCCAUUCAUGCCUAGUUCGCCUGCUACUUUAGAGGCCGCAUUGACCACCCCGUUGUCGUCGCGUCCGAAGAUCCACAUCAAGGCAAGCGAUCUGAAAAACAUCAAAACUGAGGACCUGAAAACGAUGAUUUCGACGCCUGUGUACAUGGAGGAUCCCAGCCCGAAAAACCUCAUCGCCGAGGCCAAGCGACUGAAACAGGAACGGGUAAACCAGUUGGGAAGGUCUCCUACGAUAAAAACAGGAAUCACUGCCAAGAGUUCCUUUUUGGACAGUCUGUAGUCACCAAUAUCCAUUUGUUGUAACAUCAUCCAUGAGGAAUUCACAGCGUCACCAAACGCGGCCCAGCUGAUUUCACGUGACCGCGUUUCUCCAUUGACUGUCAACCUUCAACAUUUUAUUCGGUCAUUGCCAGUCGAUGGUAUCAUCCGGAUACCCGCCUUCUCGCCUUGCGUGAAUCUUCAAAGGAAACUACAAUAGAGUCGACCUGCCAUCUACUCUCAAGCAUAUCGCGUCAUAUGACGCGAUAGGGUGUUCUCACCGUCUUCUCUUCGCCAACUGCCAUGUCCAACUUCACUACUGUACCUAUUCUCGACUACUCUCAAACUCUAUCGCCAGAACUUAAACCUAAGUUUCUGCUGGAACUACAGCAUGCCCUGAUCAAUGUCGGCUUCCUCUACCUUUCUAAUUCUCUCGUCGAUACCGAAGCCAUCCUGCCCUUCGUCCCCAAGCUGUUCUCCCUGCCGCAGGAAGAAAAGGACCGGAUCGCGAUGGUGAACAGCAAGCACUUCCUUGGCUACAACAAGCUCGGAUCGGAGUUCACGAAGGGACGGACUGACUGGAGGGAGCAGUUUGAUAUUGCGACGCCGCAUGAGUGUCGAGCGGUCGAGGGGAGAGGUGACCCCGAUUAUUGGAGUCUAUGGGGUCCUUCUCAGUGGCCAGAUGAGACACUCAUUCCAGGAUUUAAAGAUGCGAUGGAACGCUAUCUGCUCCAGGUGCAAGAUCUCAGUUAUGCGUUCAGCCGGCUUCUAUCAGAAGCGCUGGGACUCCCAGCAGACGCGCUCGAUCAGUUCUACGACGUGCCCAAGCUGAUGCAGCACCGAGGCAAGAUCGUAGCCUAUCCACAAACUGAGCACGAAUCACAGGGUGUCGGGCCACAUUACGAUGCUGGAUUCCUUACUUUCCUUCUCCAAGUCUCUGACCAUCGAGGCCUGCAGGUGCAGAAUCUCGCAGGAGAGUGGAUUGAUGUGCCGCCUAUUCCAGGCACCUUUGUUGUCAACAUCGGUCGCGGUGAGCAUGCACGGCUACUAAUGGCUCGAGCUGACGCAAGGAUGCCCCUUGCCAAGCACUCGAAUUUGCGACCCAGGGACUCGCUCGAGCUACCUCCCACCGCGUGAUCUCACCCGUCGGCGGAACCGGUCCUCGGUACUCCGUGCCGUUCUUCCAGAACAUAGGUCUCGACACACGUAUCACAGAACACGUGCUCACAUUUCCGCCUGAAGUUCUGGCUUUGCGAGACUCCCGUGGGACGCUCCUGGCUACUGAUUCGGUCAACUUCACUGAGUUUGACCGGGAACCAUCGGGACGAGUCAAUCUUAUUGGGCGGGUCAAAAGCCAUCCUGAUGUGGCGGAACGGCAUUACCCGGCCCUUUUCAAGGAGGUAUUCCCUUAUGGGGUGCCGCCUCUGCAGCAAGUCAGCGCAUAUUGACCAAGGUGUCCGGAUUACUGCAUGGCAUUCGAAAUCUAGGUAAUAGCUAGGUAGAUGAUAGAACGAAAUACGGCGUGAAAAUAUAUACCGUGGUUGGACAUUGACUGUCCGCAAAGUGCCAGCUUCAUUCAGGUGAUGGGGAAUUCGACACCGACGUCUCGUACCCGGAGGACAGAAGCGGAUGGAUGGAUGGUACUACACGGGUUGUUUGCUGCUGUUGCUGCUGGGAGAAUACAGGGUCAGCAUGGGGCUUCGGCGUUGGCGUGCUGGUCACGAGUGACGACGAGCGAGAAUGCUGCGAGACGACUCGUGUCCAAGUCGGCGACGGAGGCUUCGGCCCGGACGGAACCGCUGCAGGCACAGGGGUAUGUUCUCGACUGGAUAUUGGUGGGUGGUUUGUGGGGAAUACAUCUGGAGGACCUCCAAUUCCUAUGAUGUUGCUGUUCAUCAGAAAUGUAGGGAACUGGGCAUGGGGCGAAGGGUAUAUAUUCGGUUGUGGACUGGAAUGGGGGCUGGGCCGCGGGGAAGUCUGGUAGAGCACGGCGUGCGGUGUUUCGAAUGACAUCCGCGGUGGGCCAGACGAAGAUCGGCGCGAAGCUACCGGAUUAUUGCUCCAUGCUGGAGGUGGCAAUGUUGGUCGUUCACGGUGAUUGCGGCCGCGAUUCCGCCCAGGCACAAUGUGUAUAGGUUCGACAUCGAGAUGCUGGGACGAAUACCAGGACGGCCGGCGCAUGGAAGGUCCCUCAUCGUCACGGAUCGCAACGCCCUCGGUGAAGGACCGCACUGAAACGACAUCACUUCCCGGGUCACUGGCACUGUCUGUAAAGACUUCGCUAGUUCCUUCGGAAGCACUCUCGCUGUUGGUUUCUGAAAUUUGCCGUGCUCCGGUCGAGCUCGUUGCCAAUUCCAGGCCGUGCCCAAGAUUCGAUUCGAACUGAGCGUGUGCAUCUUUGGACGCAUUUGCUGGCGGUGGACUCGUCCAUUUGCUUCGCCGCGGUGCCAUGUGUGCGGAAGGGGGCGGGGGGCCAAGUGUUGUGUUGCUGGCAGUCGUGCUGGCGGAGGUGACGAUUGGCCCGGACAGUGCUUUGGCCCGCCCAUUGCUGCUGCCCACAGAGUACGGGGUCUGAGGCGGAGGUCUCUGCACAUUGAAAGACGGUGGAGCGGAAACGAGGUCUUCGUCAACUCGUUCUGCGCACAAGUCGGCCAAGGCAAUGACGGCACGCUCCGGACGGCCGGCCAAUAUCCGAGAUGCUCUCAUGAAUUCACCG